AUGGCGUCAAGAAGGUCUUCUCGAUCUCACUAUAAGAUCUUAUCAUCCUCUUUCUCAAAACCCCGAAUAAACGAAAAUCUUAACCCUAACCAAGUUCUCCUUAACGUCGAGCCAUCCGUCCCUGAUCCACUCCCCACGGUUUCCAUCGCACCACCAGCCCCUCCCUCUGUCCUUGUCCGGUUCCUCCAAUCUCAUUUAGCACGCUCGUUCACAGCCGCUGAUCUACUCCACUUCCUCCGCCGCCGCCUCCAUCACCACCCUUUCUUUGCACCCUACGAUCUCCACGUUUUCUUCUGGGCCGCCUCCUCCUCGGACUCCUUCCGCCAUGACCAUUCCACCUACGAGUACAUGGCUCGGUCCCUCGCCGCCUCCUGCCGCCUCGACUAUCUCCGCUUCCUCCUUGGCUUCCUUAUCACUCAUCCCUGUCCUUGCUCCACCUCCACUUCCGCCGGCGGGAGUAUCUUCUCCUGCCCUCGUCUCCCUCACAUCUACCGCGCCUCCAUUGCCGCCUUUACCCGUGCUGGCCGCUUUGACGAUGCUUCCCAGACCCUCGCAGAUGCCCGCCGAUCCAUUGAUGGGCGCCUCGAUCCUGCCCUCUACAACCUGAUCAUCCAUGCCUUUGCCCGCCGCGGUGAUCACCGCCUCGCCGUCGAAUGGUACAAGGCAAUGAUCAAGGAUCGCGUGAAGCCUGAUACCCAUACCUUCAACAUCCUAAUUGAUAGUGCCUGCCGGAAUUCCGAGUUCAAUUCCGCCGUAACCUGGUUUCGAGAGAUGAAAUUGAAAAACUUGGAGCCGAAUGCAGUCAGUUUCAAUACUUUGAUCGCGGGAUUCCUUAGGCAGAAGAGAUUCAACGAAGGUAUUGGUUCUGCAUUGGAGAUGCUAGACCUUGGCUUCAAACUGACGGCUUCCACCUGCGAAAUUCUGAUUCAUGGGCUUUGCAGGGAUGGAAGAAAUCAGGAAGCAUUUGAGCUUUUGAUGAAUUUCAUGGCUAAGGGAGUGGUGCCAGACGAGUUUGAUUGCUUGGUAUUGAUUGAGAUGCUCUGUGCGGAAGGGAAAGCAGAGAAGGGAUUGGAAAUUCUUAGCUUGUUCUGGGAAAAGGGGAAGUUCGUCGGAGUGGUAACCUGCACUACUCUAAUUGAAGGUUUGAGGAAUUCAGGAAAACUGGAUGAAGCUUAUGGAGUGAUGCAGAAAAUGGUGGAGAAGGGAAUGCUGCCUGAUAGAAUAACAUUUAACUGUCUUAUAGAUGAUCUUUGCAGCUUUGGAAGGACGAUGGACGCUAAUAAAUUUAGAAUUUUUGCUACAAGAUAUGGUUUUGAUCCUAAUGGUGCGACUUUCUCGAUACUAGUACAAGGAUUUGCAGGGGAAGGGAAGAAGAAGGAAGGGGAGAGGGUGGUGGAUGAGAUGUUGGAUGCAGGGUUCAUACCAAAUAUAGCCGUUUAUAACCGGUUGAUGGAGGAUUUGCAGUUUAGUAAAUGA